CGGACGCGCGCGCCCCUGCUUCUGGCCGGGCUCGGGGCGCGGUGCACCACCGGCUCGCCCCCUUGCCCGGCAUGGCGGAGCGCGACGAUUCCGAGCCCACCCCGGGCUGCAGCGGUCUGGGCCCGGGCGGCGUUGGCGGCGUUGGUGUUGGCGGCGGCGGCGGCGCCCACCCUUGGGCUCCGGAGGACGCCUGGAUGGGCACCCACCCAAAGUAUUUAGAAAUGAUGGAAUUAGAUAUAGGAGAUGCCAGCCAAGUUUAUAUAGCAUUCUUGGUUUACCUGGACCUCAUGGAGAGUAAAAGUUGGCAUGAAGUAAACUGUGUUGGAUUACCAGAUCUUCAGCUUAUCUGCCUCGUCGGUACUGAGAUAGAAGGAGAAGGAUUACAGACUGUGGUGCCUACACCCAUCAGUGCUUCCCUCAGCCAUAACAGGAUAAGGGAGAUUUUGAAGGCAUCUCGAAAAUUGCAAGGCGAUCCAGAUUUGCCAAUGUCUUUUACUUUGGCCAUAGUGGAGUCCGAUUCCACAAUAGUCUAUUAUAAACUUACUGAUGGAUUUAUGCUACCAGACCCUCAGAAUAUUUCCCUUAGGAGAUGACACCUGUACUCCCUGAUGCUCACUGUGGGAUUGGAUUUGAGAUCCAUCAGCCUGGUUCAUCUUUUAUCUCAGAGAUAGUUAUGGUUGACUUAGCUGGUCCCAUUCCAUAAGUUUUUCUUUUUGAAGAAUAAAACUUUCCCAGAUAGAAGAAUUUUUUUGUUCGUAAGUAUAGGGUAGUUGCUCUAAAACUUUUUUACCUGGACACAGUUUAAUUACAGUUAUAUGCAAGUUGGUGCUUAGGAUGUGUUCAGAGAGGUGGAACACAUGUGUUUCUUCUCUCAUCCCCCACUCAUAGCUGCCUCAUGUUCCUUGCUAUCUCUGCUAACACAUUGUUGAGACUGUUGCCUUUCUCUAAUUCAACUCUCUCAGUGCCUUUUGGCCACUACAGGUAGCCCGUGAUGGCAUUUCUUAGACACAUGGACAACUGGAGAGUUUGCUCAGUCUGCUUUUAAAUCCCCAAUAGAAAGUAACAGUUUCCUUUCUAUUGGUUUUUAUGUGGCAUUUACUGUUGACUUUAAAUCAGAAGAAAGGUAUGCUUAUCCAGAGUAUAAAGUUACAUACAUGCUAGAUUCAUAGGGACCAGAGAGGUGCUACUGAUUAAUUACUUCCUACCUAAUAAAGGAAGUACUAGGCCUUGCUUUCCAUUCUUAUUACCACCACCCUUAUUAUAUCAGAGUUAGAAUAUUACAAGAAAGAUAGUAAGAGAUGGUGUCAGACUUAAAGACAUCUUUAUUAAAUAGACUCAGUUACUCCACUUUUGUGGAGUUACUCCCAAUACCUCCCAGUUAUGUUGCCUAAAGUAUGAAAAUUAUAUGCACAGAGACAUUCUAAGUGGCAUUAAUUAUAAUGGCCAAAAUAAUAGAUCCCUUAAAAGUUUUAGGAAGGGGUCAGCAAACUUUUUCUGCAAAGGGCAGAAAAGAAAGAUUUUAGUCUUCGCAAACCAUAUAGUCUCUCUUAAAACUUCUCCAAUGUGCGUUUAUAGUACAAAAACAACCAUAGACAAUAUGUAAAUAAAUAGGCAUGGCUGUGUUCUAGUAAAACUUCAUUUACAAAUGCGUGGCCAUAAUGUGCCAACCCCUGGUAAAGGAAAUGGUUAAUAAACAGAUAGAUAGCCAAUGAAUGGUAUAUUAUAUACUCAUUAAAAAUUAAUAAUAAAUGAAAAACAUGAGAAAAUAUUUAAUUAGAAAAGCAAGCUAUGAAUGGCAUAUGAAUGGGUAAGAUCAUGGCUGUCAGUAACACACCAAGCAUAUAGUAAAAGGGUGACAAAGUAAAUUACUGUUCCUAUAAUAGGGUGGCAGAGCAAUAAAUGGGUGACUUCAUCUUUCUUUAGUAUUAUAUAUUUUUCUUUAUUUGUAUUACUUUUUAAAUAAUGUUUUAAAAUUAAAAAAAAUCUUGAGAUCUGUA